GCGGCGGCGGCGGCGGUCACCAUGGGGACGGGGCUUGGGUGGCAACCGUAACUAGGGAGCAGGUGGAGGAGAAAGCAGCUGCCCCUAGGGGCCGGGAGGUGGACGAGUUGUCCAGGCCGCGGAAGACUUCGGCUUUUGAGGAACAGGGUCGGGGCACUCGAAACUCCUCAGAGAAGAAUGUCAGAUGCGGAGGAAAACCCACUGGUGGAAAUAGAAGAAUAUGGAGAAAUAGAAAUGGAAGAAGGAGAAGAUGAAGGAGGAGGAGAAGAAGAUCCAUAUUAUAAAGAGCUAGAAAAUAUGCAAGAGGAAUCCAAAGAAGAUAACACAUUAGCCUGGAGAGAGUCUCAGGGGGAGGAGGAGGAGGAGGGGGAGGAUGGAGAGGAGGGGGAGAAGGAAAAAGGGAUGGAGGAGGAAAAGGGAGAAGAGGAGAAAGAAGGGGAAGAGGAGAAGAGAAUGGAGGAGGAAGGCGAGGAAGAAGAGGAGGAGGAAGAAGUUGGGAAGGAGGAGGAGGCUCUUAGGGAAGAAGUGGAGGAAGAGGCUGCAGGAGCCCAGGAGGAAACUGCAGUAAAGCCCCAAGAAGCCACCAAGUCCAGGAACAAUUUGGAUAGACUUACACCAACUGAUUCCCAGUCAAUCUUGUUAGGAACACUCCCAAAAACCUCUAGUAGUGGCAAGUCAAAGCAGUCAUUACAAUCAGAGCUUUCCGAAACAUCUGAGCCUCCAAGAGACCUGAGCUCACAAUUAGAUUUUCUUGAUGUGGAUCCAACCACUUAUGGGGAACAACAGAUUAGUUCCUCUGAAAGGCAGCCCUCAGGUGAGCCUGGGGAGCAAACUGACCAGACGCCCCAAGAUGAACUGGAACAAGAAAGGAGAGACUCGGAGCCAGAAAGAGGAGACUUGGAGCCGGAAACGAGAGAAAGCAGAAAAGAUAAAAGAGUGUCCUAUAUAAGUGAGAAAAGCGAAAAAGCAUUCCAGCCCAAAGGAAGAACCCUGAAGGACUCACUGGUGUCCACCGCCACUGAGGACGUUUUGUUCCAAAAAGAUGACAGUGCCAAUGUGUACCCCUUGACCAUGACCUGGACAUUUGGAUGGAACAGUUCCCUUCCCGUGUACUACAUUCGAGACGAAAACCACAGAGUUCUCCUGUACGCCAGCGCUCACACCGUGGUCAUCUACAACGUCUUCAAGAAUAACCAGCACCAUCUCCAGGGCCACCCCAACGUGAUCUCCUGCCUCUGCGUCAGCGAAGACCGGCGGUGGGUCGCCACGGCCGACAAAGGGCCCGACUGCCUGAUAAUCAUAUGGGACUCUUUCACAGGGAUCCCUGUGCACACGAUAUUUGACAGCUGCCCAGAAGGUAAUGGCAUCAGGGCCAUGGCUAUCACCCGUGACGCCAAGUACCUGGCAACGAUCUCAGAUGCUGAAAUCCAGAGAGUUUGCAUCUGGAAGUGGACUUUAGCAGUGGAAACGCCCGCAUGCACACUUGACCUUCCCAAAGAGUAUGGUUUUCAGAACUACCUUACGUUUAAUCCAACAAAUAAUAAAGAAUUGGUGAGCAAUAGUAAAACACAAGCAAUAUAUUAUAUGUGGUAUGAAGACGGAGAUAUACUUGCUCAUAGUGCCCCACUUCUAACAGAAAAAACAUUCAACAAGCUCGUGGGAAAAUUUAGCCAGUCCGUCUUUCAUUUGAAUUUAACUCAAAUACUCUCUGCGACAAUGGAAGGGAAACUAGUUGUCUGGGACAUUUGCCGCCCACCAUCAUCUGCCUCCAUCUCUUCAGGCUUUCCCCACAUCAAACCCUGUAAACUGGUUCAUUUGCAGAAGGAGGGGAUCACUGUGCUUACUACAGUUGACAGCUACAUUGUCACAGGUGACAUUCGGGGUAACAUCAAGUUCUAUGAUCGCACUCUGUCCAUUGUUAACUGGUACAGCCACUUCAAACUGAGCUGCAUAAGAAGCCUGUCUUUCUCAAAGACACCGGCAACUCCUCCAACGGAAGAUACAAACUACCCUCCAGAUUGCACUUUAAAAGGUGACCUUUUUGUUGUAAGGAAUUUUAUCAUUGGAACAUCAGAUGCAUCGGUGUACCACUUAACAGCGGACGGGACCAAACUCGAGAAGUUAUUUGUAGAGCCCAAGGAUGCCAUUCGUGCCAUCUCCUGCCACCCCUAUCAGCCCCUCAUCGCCAUUGGGAGUUUCUGUGGGAUGAUCAAAGUGUGGGAUUAUGAAAAGAAAAAGUACCUCUUCAGCAGGGUCUUUGAGAAGGGGCUUGGAGUCCAGAGCCUGACCUACAACCCUGAAGGAGCUCUCCUUGGAGCUGGCUUCACAGAGGGGACCGUUUACAUUCUUGACGCAAUGUCCUUAGAAAGUGAAAUCCCAGAGCCUUUCAAAUAUUCCAGAACCAGCGUGACUCACAUCAGCUUCUCCCACGACUCACAGUAUAUGGCGACUGCCGAUGUCAGUUUCACUGUGGCUGUUUACAUGGUGAGAGUCAGAAAUGGACGAAGGGUCUGGGAAUAUCUGGCGAGGCUUCGUUCUCAUCGCAAGAGCAUUCGAAGUGUCCUAUUUGGGGUUCACCUGGACAGCAAUGAGCCCAGACUGCUGAGCCUCGGGAGAGACAGACUCUUGAUUGAGUAUGAUCUUCUCAAGAGCUACAAAGACCACCUGGAGGUCCUGGACAUUCACCGAACUGACCAGGGAAGCUACCCCACCUGUAUGGUCUGGUACCCGCCACUCAUCAAGGAGCUCUUCCUGCUCAUUUGCAACAGUGGAUACAAAGUGAAACUCUUUAAUUCUACCACAAAAAUGUGCAGAAAGACACUUCUUGGACCAGUGUACGGCUCUCCCAUCGAGCAGAUACAGAUCCUCCCGGUGAAAACUGCUACAGAGCUGCAGAAACGCUACCUGGUGUUUAUUAACAGAGACAAGGUUGGACUUCAGAUCUUACCAGUUGACGGCAAUCCACACAAGACAUCCGCUCUUAUAUGCCACCCGAGUGGCGUGGCUGGGCUGACCCUCUCCUACGACGGCCGCUAUGCCUUCACAGCAGGGGGGCUAGACCGGUCGGUGGUGCAGUGGGAAAUCAACUUAAGUGCCCUGGAGGCUGCAGUUUCUCUCGGGGGCGAAGACCUGACCCCGUUCUAUGGUCUGGUGGCUGGUGGCAGGGAAGGAAAAUUCUACAGGGAGCUGGAAGACUAUUUCUACUAUUCUCAGCUCCGUAGUCAAGGUAUCGAUACAAUGGAGACCAGAAAGGUGUCGGAACACAUUUGCCUGUCCGAGCUUCCUUUUGUCAUGAGAGCAAUUGGCUUUUACCCAUCGGAAGAGAAGAUUGAAGAUAUGUUUAAUGAAAUCAGAUUUAGCGAGUACGUGGACACUGGAAAGCUAAUUGACAAAAUCAACUUACCAGAUUUCUUCAAAGUUUACCUCAAUCACAGGCCACCCUUCGGUAACACCAUGACUGGCAUCCAGCAGAGCUUUGACAUUCUUGGUUUCACCAACUCCAAAGGAGAGAAGGUUAUUCGAAGAGAGGAUUUUCUGAAACUGCUUCUAACUAAAGGUGAGCACAUGACGGAAGAGGAGAUGUCUGACUGCUUUGCCACACUGUUCGGCCUGAAUCCCGAGGGCUGGAAAUCCGAGCCCGCAGCCUCCUCCGUCAAAGGUUCGGAAAUUUGCUUUGAAAAGGAACUUCCAGACGAAAUCACUGCAGAAAUAUUCACAACUGAAAUUCUUGGCUUAACCAUUUCCCAAGAUUCUGGACAAGAUCCUAUGGUCAGUGAGGUUGGGAGGAAUGUCUGAAGCACAAAGGACUUUGUGUGUGUGUAUGUGUGAGUGUAUGUGUGGUUUUUCUUUUUUUUUCCAAGAGGCACUGCUUUUCCCCCACUUCCCUACCCCCACUCUAGUCUUCAGAAUGCUUAGACAUUAAAAGCAAAUUUCUGUUAAGCAAUGGAA